AACGUCAUCAGUGUGGUGCCAGUUGUAUUUCGACCGCUUAUUAUACCUCAGAUUUCGACCAGAAGGAGAAAUGGCUGCAAGGUUAUUGAUUCGCUCCGCCGUUAGGGCCGCUACAACUUGCCGGGCCGCCCCAUGCCCUGCUCUCACCCGCGGCAUGGCGGCUGGAGGUGAGUCGGUAAUGUGGAGGUUUUGGGCAGAAGCCAUGGAAGCAUCGUAUUUGACAUAUUGAUGUCUUGCCAAGGACAGGCGAUGCAUUGCCAGGCAAUGGCGCAAGAAUUCCUAGCUUGCUAGCCAAGUUAUCAUGUAAUAUUCGUUGUAUCAAAAUUAUUUUUUCAAUCUGUCCACGUUUUGUUAAUAUGAAGUAGCUAGCUGAGCAGAUGUUAGUAUUUGCAUGUCCUAUAUUGAGUUAUUUUGCCUUUUAUAGUGACCUUAGCCAAAGUCAAAGAUGGUACCUUAGUUUAGGGUUCUAGUUAGCGCGUUAGCGAGCUAUCCGUGUCGACUUUAUCAGUGAUUGAAUGUGCUUAGCGCGGAAGUAGCCUAGUGCUAAUUUUGCUAGCUAGUAAGAAUUCUAAUGCCAACAUGGCUAAUCACUUAGUUGGUUGGUUAACUAACUAGUUAACCUUGCUAGCUAACACUGAUUACCUGUUUUCAGGCAUCCCCACCGACGAGGAGCAGGCCACGGGUCUGGAGAAGAUCGUUAUGAAGGCUGCGCAACAGGGCGCGGUGAGUCGAGAUUACAUUUGUAUGAAAUUAAUAUUAUUAGCGUUAGGUGUGUUGCCCUGGCUAAUAUUGAUGUAACAUCGCUGGUAGUUUGCCAUGUCAAGUGACAGCCAGGACAUUCUCAAGUAACAGUUUGGCAGUAAUCUCACUCUCUUUUCUCUCAGCAUUGGCCCAGACAUGCAUGUGACUUUAUCUAGCCAAAUGUAGGAUCCUUACUAGGUUUCUGUGAGCGUUGCCCAUGUCACCAAGUCUAAUACUGAACCUGUCAUGUGUGAUUUCCUUCCAGGACCCCUACAGCAUGUUGAAGCCCAAAGAGUAUGCUGGCUCAAAGGCCGACCCUCAUCUGGUGCCCUCCAUCACCACCAAGAGGAUUGUGGGCUGUGUGUGUACGUGACUGGCUUUAUAUUUGUCUUUCUACAGCUGUCUGGUAGCUCUGUGGCCAGAAGCCAUACCACUCUGAUUUGUCAUGGCUGUCUGAGAGUUGGCCUCUGCUCAUAUCUAAUGUCUCCUUCAACCGAUCUCUCCCUCCCUCCCCUCUUUCUCCCUCCCUCCCCUCUUUCUCCCUCCCUCCCCUCUUUCUCCCUCCCUCCCCUCUUUCUCCCUCCCUCCCCCUUCCCCCCCCUUCCCCCCCCUUCCCCCUUCCCCUCUUUCUCCCUCCCUCCCCCUUCCCCUCUUUCUCCCUCCCCCCUUGCUUCCUUUCUCCCGCUCCUCUCUCACUUUCUCCAUCCUCUAUCUAUAGGUGAGGAGGAUAACACUGCAGUGGUGUGGUUCUGGCUCCAGCAGGGCGAUGCUCAGCGCUGUCCCUCAUGUGGCUCCCACUACAAACUGGUGCCCCAUGAGCUGCCCCACUAAAAUACACACCCUCUAUCUAUUAUAUACAUACACACAUCACCUAGUACCUUUACAUGACAUUAGAUUCACUGAAAGAUUCCAGCUUCUUUAGGAUGAAGGGGGGUUAGAUGGUGAUGUCAAAUCUCAUUGUUCUUUCAAGAAGUGUAUUUUCACUAGGAGUUGGGUGUUGUAAAUUAGAAUGUUGGGCCCCUGUGUACCCUUUCGUUUCCUUUAAUUAUUUGUUCGCUUUUCAAUGUAUCUUUAUCUCAUCCUAGCAUCUACUUGAAAAUCUAUCUAACCUGCUAACCUCAAUGUCAGUCUGUGAUUACAGGACCAGUUAUUGUUUAAAACUUACCGAAUGCCUAACGGUGUGGGACACAAUGUUAUUUUUCAAGCAAUUCCAUUCAAACAGCAGUUUACGUUGAUAUAUGUACUGUACACUUGGUCCAGUUAUCCCUCUUAUCAAAUCAAUAAAGUCUUUACUCCUAAA